AUGGGCAACCUCACUAUCUUCACAGAAUUCCUCCUCAUGGACAUUUCAAACUCUUGGGAGCUACAAAUUUUGCAAGGUCUGUUAUUCUUAUUGAUUUACUUAGGAGCUCUGGCUGGAAAUCUUCUGACCAUUACCGCCAUUGUGACAGACCCAAACCUUCAUUCUCCAAUGUACUUUUUUAUAAGCAACUUAUCCCUCAUAGACUUUUGCUGCAUCUCAGUCAGUGUUCCCAAACUAAUUGUGAAUUCUCUGAUGGGCAGUAAGACCAUCUCACUGAAAGAAUGUGCUGCUCAGAUUUUCCUAUACAUUUUCUUUGCAUCUAUAGAGCUUGCUUUCCUUGUGCUCAUGUCCUAUGACCGCUAUGUUGCCAUUUGCCACCCUCUGCACUAUGGGCUGACCAUCACCCCGCAUUUGUGCACACAGGCAGCAGGUGGGUCAUGGCUCACUGGGCUGGUCUAUUCUGCCAUCCACACUGGGAACAUGUUCAGACUUCCCUUCACAAAAUCCAAUGUGAUCAACCAAUAUUUUUGUGAUGUGCCUCAAGUUAUGAGAAUAUCAUCUCCAGAGGUUCAGUUUUCUGAAUCUGUCAUCCUUGCAUUAAGUGCUUGUAUUGUCUUGGCAUGUUUUACUUAUAUGGUUAUGUCAUAUAUAAAUAUAUUUUCAAAUGUCCUUAAGAUCCAUUCAGUGGAAGCCCGGAACAAAGCCUUAUCCACAUGUACCCCACAGUUGCUAAUUCUUCUUUUGUUUGUAAUUUCUGGAUUGAUUGCUGUCUUGGGUCCUAUUGCAAAUAAAGCAUCUCUUAAAAAUCUGCUGACAGCCAUGUUCUACACUAUGUUGCCCCCAUUCAUAAACCCCAUCAUCUACAGUCUGCGGAACAGGGAGAUAAACACUGCUCUAGGCAGAAUGUUUAGCAGAUUCUUGGAAUUCCCAAGCAGGCAUUUUAUUGAGUAA